UCAUCAUACCAAUUGUCCUAACCUACAACCUUAAGGGGAGAUUUUUGCAAGGGUAUGUUUCUUGAAAUACAGCAAGAAAUAAAUACUUAUAGAACAAAGGAAAAAUGGAUCGCAAUAGAGGAAUAUAUGGCAGUGCUUGUAACAUGCUUUGAAAUUGCUGAUAAUAAAUUUUGCUUCUUUUACAGUUUGUGUACUUUCAGCAGAAAGCAGUGACACUGAACUGUGUUAAUAUUUUCAUGAAGCACAACUCUUAAAAUUAUAGCUGCAGCUUUCAGUUUCACAUUCAGUUUUUAAUAUCUUGAAUCACAGUAGUAGCAUGAUAGCAGUGGCUUUCUGUCAUCCUGUAAAUCUCAACUUAUCAAUAUUGAAUAUUUUUAGGAACAGAGCUUCAUGGAUAAUUUUGAAAGACACCCAUGUUCUUUGUCUUCAUUCCCAAUAACUAAUAAUCAGAUGGAGGAGUUGAAAAAAAGCAAAAAAUUCUCUUUUUGGAGUGCCUAAAUGAAACCUAAAAAUUGUUGCUAGUGGAGGAGAACAGAAGUGAUUGAGCAGUUAGGGAAACCCUCAUGAACUCUUUAAAAAUGCAUAGUGCAAUAAAAGGUAUUUUAUUCUUGCAUUUUAUUACAACUGGUUUCUGGGGUAGAUGUGGGAAGGAGUUUUGUUGGUCAGAUGGUAAGUUGUGGGAGUAAUAGGUGAAAGCUUUCCCAGGCCUUUACUAGAUUUAUUUUCCUUUAUUUUUAAGCUAUUAUUUGAAAAUGUGCUGAAGGUGUUUAUAUAUAUGAAAGACCAUAUAUUUUCACUGCUUCGGAAAGGGGAUUUUACUUGUAGAGUAUCUUGGAUCGAACACUAUUCCUUUAGGCUACUUGAUGUUCCAGAUCCUCAAAGGUAUUAAUGGCAGUUCCUGGAGGUGGAUCCCAAGGCUGAUGUUUAAAACAUAAACAUCCUUUUGGUAUCCAGGCCUGGCUACAGGCUACAUCCAAAGACUGUUGAACUGUAGCUACCAUUAUGGCACUGCUAGUUAGUGCUUCUGGAUACUGCUAACAAAUAUAGCCUUAUUUUACCUUUUAAAAAGUUGUAAUGGUUACUUCAGGGUUAAUAUCAAUAUAAAUAAUGAAAACUAAUUUAAGUAAGUUACAGACAUUUUUAACUUGCUUUCAUUGUUGUUUCUUUUGUUACUGUAAAGUCCCCAAAUUACUACGUUAAAAAAUUUAUGAGGUUUUUGUGAGCUGGGAAAACCACCUUUAUAGCAGAAGUCCUUAAUAGAAAUUAAAAUUGCAGACUAAAAUUAAUUAAGUAAUAAUGCUAUCAGCAGACUGUUUUACAAGGCAAUUAGAUAAUUCUCUGGUGGCUUAUUUAUCCCAAGGAAAGAAAUAUGAUGUCAUCAAUUUUAUUACCUAUUUGUCAGUCUCAUUUAUUGGGGAAUAAUAAAAUGUAUUAUGAGUAUUAUGACCAUCUGAGAGAAUGCAUUCCUAAUAUAAUUAAUAAUAAAAUCUCUGUUGAUACGCUUGGAUCUUGAACACUUAUUCAUAAUCUCUGCUGUGUAAAUAACUGAGCAUUGCAGUUUUGCUAGUAGAACUUUUAAUGUUUCAAAAGAAAAGCAGCUAGCCAAGAAAAAAGCUCUAAAAAUUGAUAGAAGAUAUGUUAAUAUCUCAGGAGAAAAAAAAAAACAAACAUCUUCUGCAUCAAGUGGAGAUCAGUUUAAAAGGAUGCAUGUUCUUUUCUAUUGAUAUAACUUACCUCUUUGGUGUACUCCUUAAAAACUUCAUCUUGAGAGGUUUGGCAUUGCAAGGGAGAUGGAAGGAAAUAGAGAAAGAGGAAGAGAUGGAAAUGUUUUCAUGCAUUUUGGGGAGCUGCAUGAAAAAGGUACUAAUGGCAAGAUGCAAAGAGAACAAUUGCGUAAUUUGGGUUAGACAAAUGGAAAGAGGAUAAAAUUAAUAGGGGGGGUGUGUAUACACACAUUUGAUUUUUACACAUUGGAGAAAAUGGUCAAGUCUGAAAAUUUAUUGCUUUAUAUUUUAUAGGCUAGAAGCGUUGUCGGCGUAAUUAGCAAACGUUAGCUAAUGGAAUAGAUUGGAGGAACAGAAACUUACCUCCGUUUUAAAGGCUCAUGUACUAUAAAAGUAUCUGGUUUCUGCUUUCCUGAAAUACAGGAAAGGUGAACUGUUGGGGUAUUGUCUGCAAUUUUUAUUUUUUUAAUAUUCUGUGUCUGAUCUUAAAUAUUUUAGUUCCGGAAGGCAGAAUCUGAUCUGGAUUAUAUUCAACACAGACUGGAGUUUGAAAUAAUGAAAAGUCUUCCUGAUAAUCCAGCGGCAGAGGAAAAUCCAGUUGCUCUCUUGGAAGAACUCUCAGUGGUGAAAUCUCGUUAUAAAAUGUUAUGUGCCCAGCUGGAAAAAGUUUCCAUAGAGCAGAAAGAAUCCAUGAAGGGCAUCCGCGCUGCUCUAGAGAACACAAUGAGGAUGGUUCAGGCAUUGCAGCAACAUGCUGAUCUUGAGCGCUUACCUCUGUCGGAAGAACAGGCUGCAGCACAGCAGUUAACCUUCCAAACUGUUAAAGAACUGGAAUCGCUAGUGGAAGAGCCAUUUUGUUCAGGAUCUACAGGCCCUGGCUCUACUGAAGAAGUGCAAUUCAAACCGUUGACUGAGGAAACACUUCUGACUGUGCCGCGGAGUAUCAGAAGUACUGUUAAACUAGCAGACUUGAACAAUUUGUACAGGGAAUUAUUUAACCACUUCGUUGUAAAUAAGAACAGAGCAGCACUGAGUAUUUCACAGAUGAACAAGAUGAAUAUGAAAGCCACGGACUCAAGAAUACAAAUCUUGAAAGAACUUGCUAUUGUGGAACUUGACAAACAAGGAAAUGUUAAAUUAGUCGUGUAAACGUAAGCUCAGUCCAUCCUCAUUUGACACACAAGCAUCUUGGUCAUAGCUCCUGGGUCACUAACGAGCAAGUGUUUCUCUGGUGUCCAGGAGUUGGAAAGCUGUUAAUGUUUCUGUAUACAAGUCUAUUGAUAAAAUGAGAGAGUUAAAAAACAUUGAGGUUCUAUUUUAUCUUGGAUAUUUAUCAGACUGCAGUCUGUGCAUUUUUGAAGAGUAUCAUUUGCCAUGUGACACUUCCAUAUUCUUGCUCACAUUUCUGAGUGGGUUUUUAAGACAAAUAACCCGAACCACUUAAUUGUACUUACAUUCCUGAAUAAACGAUGAAAGCUAAGGA